AUGGAGGUCAUAAUGAACAAUCACAACAAUGGCACCAUCAACACCAACACCAAAAUUAUUCACAAAAAUGGUAGCAUUUGCAAUGGCAAUGGCAAUGUUAAUGGCAACUCCCACACCCAUAACAAUGAAAAUAAGCUUGUAGAGUUCACUAACUCUAUCAAACCGGGUUGGUUUUCUGAGUUCAGCGCACUCUGGCCAGGUGAAGCAUUUUCACUUAAAAUUGAAAAAUUACUAUUCCAAGGAAAGUCUGAUUAUCAAGAUGUUAUGCUCUUUGAGUCAGCAACGUAUGGGAAGGUAUUAACAUUGGAUGGGGCAAUUCAACACACAGAGAAUGGUGGAUUUCCCUACACUGAGAUGAUUGUUCAUCUACCACUUGGUUCCAUUCCAUCCCCUAAAAAGGUGUUAAUCAUCGGUGGAGGGAUUGGUUUCACGUUGUUUGAGGUCUCUCGCUAUCCAAGUAUUGAAAAAAUAGACAUAGUUGAGAUCGAUGACGUGGUUGUAGACGUAUCUAGAAAGUUUUUCCCAUACCUAGCAGCAGGAUUUGAUGAUCCAAGAGUCAGCCUUAUUAUUGGCGAUGGAGCUGCAUUUGUGAAAGCUGCUCAACCUGGAUACUAUGAUGCAAUUAUUGUUGACUCUUCUGAUCCUAUUGGUCCAGCAAAAGACUUGUUUGAAAGGCCAUUUUUCGAAGCAGUGGCAAAAGCCCUAAGGCCAGGAGGAGUAGUGUGUACACAGGCAGAAAGUAUUUGGCUUCACAUGCAUCUAAUUAAAAAAAUUAUUGCAAAUUGUCGACAGGUCUUUAAGGGUUCUGUCAAUUAUGCAUGGACUACCGUUCCUACUUACCCUACUGGUGUGAUUGGUUACAUGCUUUGCUCUACGGAGGGACCAGAAGUUAAUUUCAAGAAUCCAGUGAACUCUAUUGACAAAUAUGUCAAAUCCAAGGGACCUUUGAAGUUCUAUAACUCUGAUAUUCAUAAAUCAGCUUUUAUUUUGCCGUCUUUUGCAAGGGAUUUGAUUGAAUCUUGA